AUGGGGGAGAACCCCCGGGAUGGGGGAGAACCCCGCAACGAGGGGGACCCCGGGAUGGGGCGGAGCCCGAUCCGUUUCCCCACGUGUGAGCUGGUUGCAGGCUCACUCUGGGGGGUGUUUUUGGGGGUGUUUUUGGGGCGUCUCACCGAUCCCUCUCCCCAGCUCGCCCACGCCAUCCGCCUGCUCCUGGAGUACACCGAGACACCCUAUGAGGACAAGCUGUACAGCUGUGGGGAAGCUCCCGACUACGAUAAGAGCCAAUGGAUCAACGAGAAGGAGAAGCUGGGCCUUGACUUCCCCAACCUCCCGUACUUCAUCGACGGCCCCACCAAGCUGACGCAGAGCAACGCCAUCCUGCGCUACAUCGCCCGCAAGCACAACAUGUGUGGUGAGACAGAGGAGGAGAUCCUGCGUGUGGACAUGCUGGAGAACCAGAUCAUGGAUUUCCGCAUGAGCCUUGUCAUGGUCUGCUACAACCCUGACUUUGAGAAGCUCAAGCCGGGCUACCUGGAGCAGCUCCCGGGGAAGCUGAAGCUCUUCUCCAACUUCUUGGGGGACAGAAAGUGGUUUGCAGGGGAGAAGCUGACCUUCGUGGACUUCCUCAUGUUCGACGUGCUGGAUCAGAACCGCAUCUUCGAGCCCAAGUGCCUGGAGCCCUUCAAGAACCUCAAGGACUUCGUGGAGCGCUUUGGGGCUCUGGAGAAGGUGGCUGCCUACUUGAAGUCCAGCCGUUUCCAGAAGAUGCCCAUCAACAACAAGAUGGCCAAGUGGGGCAACAAGAAGCUGUAGGAGCUCAGCACGGGGGCUCAGAGGGUGGGGGGAGUCCUGACCCAGCCCCUCCAGCACCCUCCAUCCUUCGGGGGGGGCAGCACCACUGCCAUGACGCCCCCCAAGACAAUAAAACGCUUUUUAGAUGUGGCA